GUGCUGCACAUCGGUUCUGCGUCGAGUUGUCGUUUUGAAAUUAAUAUGGUGCCAUGCUCGCUCCCCGACCAAGGAUUAAAAGAAUUCGGUUCGAUAAUCAAGGCACACGUGAUCGAUAAGAUAAAAUUUGGAACUUGUUAAGACGUCGGUAGAAUGCAGGCGAGGAUAACACAGCGGUAUUCAAGGUUCAAUUCUUUUGUCGCAAUAACGUGCCGGCCGUUGGAACUCGUCGAGAUUCCGUCCAAUCAUUCGUUUUGUACUCUUCUCAUCCGACUGUGAAGCAUGGCUUUAAUGUUACCCCUUUUCAACCCGGACCUGCCAUGUUUGGGUGCGCUUUUGGGUGGCAUGCAAAUAGGAAAACGAAUCAUCAUUCAAGGAACCGUAACGGAACCCAGAUUCAACAUCAAUCUACAGCUUGGGCCAGAGGUAUCGCCGCGGGAUGAUACGGCACUGCAUCUGAGCAUUCGACCUAGUGAACAAACGAUCGUGCGCAACAGUUUCGUCAGUCAGACCUGGCAGGAGGAGGAACGAUUCGGUGAUUGUCCGAUUAGCGUUGGGCAACCGUUCACUCUCGAGAUUCGCGUGGAAGAAUUUAACUUUGUGAUAUUCAUUAACGAUGAAUGGUACUGCACCUUUCAACAUCGACAACCGGUCGAGAUGGUGAACUUUAUUCAUCUGGGCACAGGUGCCACUAUUGAUUCUGUCAUGGAGACGUUCUAGUGUCCGCUGUAUGCUUCUUAUUAUUAGUCUGUGUAUGAUAUUGAACAGCUUUCAGUUGAAAUAUACCACAUAGUAUCCGAAA